CAUUUCACAUAUAUAAUGGAGCAACUGAGAGGGACACUGCAACAGAAAUUUCAAUCAGAAGAAAACAAAAUGGAAAACAACAACAACAACAACGGAGACCCCACGCCGGUGCCGCGGGUGGCGGUAGUUGUUUUUCUCUUGAAGGGUAGAUCGCUCCUCCUCGGCCGCCGCCGUUCUGCCGUCGGCAACGCCACCUACGCCCUCCCCGGCGGCCACCUCGAAUUCGGGGAGAGUUUUGAAGAAUGUGCAGCUAGAGAAGUAAAAGAGGAAACAGGAUUGGACAUAGGGAAGAGUGAGUUUUUAACAGUAACAAACAAUGUGAUGUUGGAGCAACCAAAAAAGUGUCACUAUGUUACUAUUUUCAUGAGAUCAGUGGUGGGGGUUGAUGUGGAAGAAGAGCAAGUGCCACAGAAUCUUGAGCCUAACAAGUGUGAUGGUUGGGAGUGGUAUGAAUGGGAUCAUUUGCCACAUCCUUUGUUUGGGCCUCUUGAGAGAAUGGUCAAAGGAGGUUUUAACCCAUUUUCUUCCUAAUUAUCUUUGUUAAUGCUUUUUUUCUGAGCUUGAUUAGCUAUCUAUGUCUUUGGGUUAGGUUUUAUCUGUUGCUUUUCAUUCUUCAAGUGGAUUUUCUAGUUCAGUAUGACAUGCUUAGAUUAUUGUUGUAAUUUUCCAGCCUUCCAAUUUCUUCUA